AUGUUACAAUCAAAGCCUCUCCUUACUUGCAAGAUUGUCCUUCUUGGUAAUUCUGGUGUUGGAAAAACAUCUAUUAUCAAUAAAUGGAUAAAUGGAACUUUCGAUUAUGAUGCUAAACCAACAAUCGGCGCUGAUCAUCAAACAAAAACAGUAACAAUAAGAGAUAACACAGUUAAUGCAUUUAUUUUUGAUACUGCUGGAGGAGAACAAUUCCAAUCUCUUACUCCGGCAUACAUUCGCAACUCGACUUGA